CUAUCUCGAGAUGUUGUCGACCACUAGCCCACUGCCACGGGAUUCGUUAAUCCUCGACAGACCACCAUUCUCGCGACCCUCAAUCACCUCGCUCACAAAUUACGUAUCUUACCUAGACGUUCAAACGCAACUGCCUCGUGUCGGUCAUUAUAACCUUGAGGAUCAAACCAUCCAACCGCUUUCGUUCAUCUCGGGAACACCCAUCUCGGAUUUGUACCAGGUGAUUGAAGCGGGCGCCUCAAACAUCGCUUCUUCUUCUAGCAGUUCGUUACUAGCCAAAAACGUUCGCAUUCUGCCACCUUUUCCAAAGAGAGAUGUUUUGUGCGUUGGCAAAAACUAUGCAGAACACGCAAAGGAGUUCAAUCGUUCCGGAUUCGAUAAGAGUGAUAAUAUGGAUCAACCUUCGCACCCCGUCAUCUUUACUAAACGUCUCACAUCCAUUAUUGCUGAUGGAGAGGAAAUUUCACCGCAACCAGAGUUCACGAGUACACUGGAUUAUGAAGGGGAACUCGGAGUCAUCAUUGGCAAAGCCGGGUUUCGAAUCGAGGAGAGGGAUGCGAUGGAACAUGUCUGGGGCUAUACGAUUAUCAAUGAUGUGACAGCGCGAGAGAGGCAGAGAGAUCAUAAGCAAUUCUAUAUCGGUAAGAGUGCGGAUACGUUCUGUCCCAUGGGCCCUAUAGCUGUCCCAGCCAGUAAACUGGAAAAGGUUUUGCGAGUCCAGACCCACGUCAACGGCGAAAUUCGACAGGAUGCCACGACGAAUGACCUAAUUUUCUCAAUACCAUAUCUCAUCAAAGUCAUGUCUGAAGGGCAGACAUUGGCGCCAGGCGAUGUUCUUGCUACAGGAACUCCUGCAGGUGUGGGUAUUGGUCGCAGUCCCCCCGUCUAUCUGAAACCGGGCGACACUGUUUCUAUAUCCAUCUCAGGGCUUGGAACACUCACGAACCGUGUUGCUGGUCACGAUGCCCCUAAUCCCACACCUCAAAAAGUGAAGGAGACUUCAAGCAUACAGCUGACCAAUAACGAAAGACUUCCUGGAUUGUCUCUCUUGCCAAUCAUUAACAAAAAACCGCUCUACUGCAAAUGCCUCCCGAAACAAGACGAGACAGCGGCAUCUUCCCAUAUUGUUUUCAUACACGGACUAGGCGCAACCAAUGAGUAUUAUGCGCCUCUGAUUCAUGCCAUGAGGCUAGAUUCCUCACACACAUGCCAUCUCUGGGAUCUCGAAGGACAAGGGCUCUCGCCUACCCACCCACUGAGUAGAAUCAAUAUUGCUACUUGUACAGAUGAUCUGUUUGGUAUAUUCCAGCUUGGAAAUAUCGACAAUAGCGCUACCAUUGUAGCGCACUCAAUUGGAUGUGUGAUAGCACUGUUCUUUGCUCUCCGCUAUCCAGAACGAGUCUCGAAACUGAUCCUCCUCAGUCCGCCAUCCUCUCCGCUCCCGAUGCAAGUAGGUCAGGAUUGGCACAUUCAGGCUACCACGGCCCGUACUCGGGGUAUGCCUGCUGUGGCUGACGGGAUUGUGUCCUCUGCUUCUCCGGGAUCGGAAGGUCAUACAAUGGCUCCACUCGCCGCCGCUGCGCUGCGCAUGAUGUUAUGUAGCUUACAUCCCGAGGGCUUUGCUAAAGCCUGCGGUGCACUCGUUGAAACAAUGUACGAAGGCCUUGAAAUUGCGGACAUCAGAGCCAAAACAUUGAUUAUUGUGGGGGACAAGGAUCAGGUGUUUUCCCCACAGAUGGCUGACCAACACGUUCGGGCAUUGGGAAGAGUGAAUGAAGUGCGUUUGGUAACAUUGGAAGGUGUUGGUCACUGGCAUGUCUUUGAAGAUACAGAUGGAGUGGCCCGGGCCAUUGAGGAAUUCUUGGGGUAGCGUACAACGGAGUUUGUUGCACAAGUUGUCGCUGCCCAGGUCAAGUUUUUGCUGGCCCGUCCGCAAGUGUACAUGUGGACCAAGCUGCAAUAUUGUGAAGGUGCAAUGUAUGUAUCCACAACGCUAGUUCAAAAUAUGUACCGACCAUGCGACCCGUAGGCCCCCACAAGACUCACUCAGAUGGGGUUUUGCGGGCUGAGUCUCAUCGAAUGCUACAACGAUGACUGGCAUUCUGCAUCUACAAGUGGCUUGACAGUUGCGACUAUCGAUCUCUGCACCGAUCUUUCAGCCCGGGGCGUCAAGAACCCUCAUCUUGGAUUGCAGGUUCAGCUUCUUUCUUCCAUUGCACCUCAGCUUCUUCACCGCUACCCUAGCGUUUCAUCUUCACCUUUUCACCACCCAUUCGUGUUGAAGUUUGAGCUGUGC